AUGUCGGGCUCAUUCGCACAACGCAGCUAUAGAGAAAGUAGUUCUCAGAACACCCAGCAAUCACCAAGCACGGCAACUAUACCGCGAAGUUUGGAACAUGCAGAGAGCGAGUCACACACCAUAUUCAGCCCUCGGAAUCCCAACCCCUUAGAACAAGAAGUCUUGGGGGAGAUCAUUGCAGACGCAUUAAAUGAAGGAUCUGACGGUGGUGUGACUGUAAAUGCUGACAUUUCUGAUACGGUGGAUAGAGACAUUCAGGAAGGUCAAGAAAUUAUUGGGGAUGAAGAGGAUGAGGAACAACCAUACCCAGAACAAAGGAGGUUGUCAUUUUGGCCAUACUUUAUUGGCAUUGUCAGAAAGAGUGCUAUAAAUUUAGUAUUACCAUUCAUCAAUGGUAUGAUGUUGGGAUUUGGUGAGAUUUUAGCGCACGAAAUUGGAUUUCAUUACCAUUGGCAUGGAGCUAAAGUUGAACCUCCUAGACGUUUAGCUCAAAGAAAAUUGCAAGAAGCUGGAUCAAAGUAUCUAUGA